AUGUUGUACAGUUUAACAAAAAAAUUAGAAGACCCCAAAACACCAUUAUUAGGUCCUAAUUUAAAAGCACUUCGUUUCUUCGGAGUUUUACUUCCUGAUAAGUUAAAUGUUAAGAAUGGUACUGAACUUGGAUUGGCCGUAGUACCUUCAUGGGUUCCAUGGGAUAAGACAAAAUUCUCUGGUUACAUAGCUGCGUCUUUAUUUCAAAGUUAUGCGACUAUUUUUGGUAUCGGUUGGAUAUCAGCGUUUGAUGCUACUGCUAUUGUUAUAGUAGUAUUCUUUAGAGUUGAAAUUGAAGUAUUAAGGAACGAUUGUGGUUAUAUUUUUGGAACAGAGGAAUCCGCUGUUGAUGAAGAAGAAAUAUAUAGACGUAUUAAGACUUGCCAUAGAAGAUACGUUGAUUUAAUCAAAUACACAAGAUUGUACAAUGCAUGUAUGUCUCCACUGAUGUUACUUUACAUGUUUGUAUGUACUAUAAUGCUUUGUGUGACUGCAUAUCAGUUUACUGAAGAGUCUAGUGCUUUAAGAGGUUUGAUGUUAGGCGAGUAUUUAUUAUUUGGUGUAUCACAACUACUGUUUUACUGCUGGCAUAGUAAUGAAGUGAUAUUUGCGAGCAAAGAUUUAAUGCAAGGUCCAUACGAGAGUCGUUGGUGGUCAAGUGAUGUGUCGAGACAGAAGGAGAUCUGUAUGCUAAUUCAUCAGUUUCGAGAGACAAUAGUGUUCACAGCCGGACCCUUCACAGAUCUAACUCUCGCCACUUUUAUUAACAUAAUUAAAGGAGCUUAUAGUUAUUACACUAUACUUAAGCAGUCGAAGAAUCAAUAA